AUGAGUGUCGUCGGUAUCGAUUUCGGUGCCCAGAGCACCAAGGUUGGUGUUGCACGGAACAAGGGUAUUGAUAUUAUCACCAAUGAAGUCUCCAACAGAUCUACUCCGACUCUGGUCGGAUUCGGCGCCAGAAGCAGAAACAUUGGCGAGGGCGCAAAGACACAAGAAAUGUCCAACCUGAAGAACACGGUCGGCAAUCUCAAGCGUCUCAUCGGCCGUUCAUUCAGCGACCCCGACGUGGAGAUUGAGCAGAAGUACACCUCAGCGGCUCUCUGUGAUGUAAACGGUCAGGCUGGUGUUGAAGUGAGCUACCUGGGCAAGAAGGAGAAGUUCUCGGCGACACAGCUGGCUGCCAUGUACCUGACCAAGAUCAGAGACAUCACAUCCAAGGAGCUGAAGCUCCCUGUCUCCGACGUCACAAUCAGCGUUCCCGCUUGGUUCACAGAUGCUCAGCGCCGCGCCAUGAUCGACGCCGGUGAGAUUGCCGGUCUCAAGGUUCUGAGACUCAUCAAUGACACCACUGCUACCGCCCUCGGCUACGGUAUCACCAAGCUUGAUCUUCCCGGUCCCGAGGAGAAGCCCCGCAGGGUGAUGUUCGUCGAUAUCGGUCACAGCGACUACACCGCCUCCAUUGUUGAGUUCAGAAAGGGCGAGCUCAACGUCAAGGCUACCGCCUACGAUCGCCACUUUGGUGGUCGUGAUUUCGACAGAGCCCUUACCGAGCACUUUGCCGAUGAAUUUAAGGAGAAGUUCAAGAUUGACGUCCGUUCCAAUCCCAAGGCUUACGCGCGUACCCUUGCCGCGGCCGAGAAGAUGAAGAAGGUUCUCUCCGCCAACCCUGCUGCCCCUAUGAGCAUCGAGUCGCUUAUGGAAGACGUGGAUGUCCGUUCCAUCGUCAAGCGUGAGGAGCUCGAAACCAUGGUCAAGCCUCUGCUUGAGCGUGUCACCGCCCCCAUUGAGGAGGUUCUUGCUGAGGCCAAGCUCAAGACCGAGGACAUUGACUCGAUCGAGAUGGUUGGUGGCUGCACCCGUGUCCCUGCUAUCAAGGACGCCAUCGCCAAGUUUUUCGGCAAGACCCUGUCCUUCACCCUCAACCAGGACGAGGCCAUUGCUCGUGGUUGCGCCUUCAGCUGUGCCAUCCUCUCUCCCGUCUUCCGUGUCCGUGACUUCUCCGUGCACGACAUUGUCAACUACCCCAUCGAGUUCACCUGGGAGCAGUCGGCCGACAUCCCCGACGAGGACACUAGCCUCACUGUCUUCAACCGUGGCAACGUCAUGCCUUCGACCAAGAUCCUCACAUUCUACCGCAAGCAGCCUUUCGAUUUGGAGGCUCGCUAUGCUAAGCCCGACAUGCUUCCUGGCAAGAUCAACCCCUGGAUUGGCCGCUUCUCCGUCAAGGGUGUCAAGGCUGAUGCCAACGACGACUUCAUGAUCUGCAAGCUCAAGGCUAGACUGAACCUGCACGGUAUCCUGAACGUCGAGUCUGGUUACUACGUUGAGGAUGUGGAGGUUGAGGAGCCCGUUGACGAGGACAAGAUGGACACUGAUGCUGCCGAGGGCGAGCAGCCCAAGAAGACGCGCAAGGUCAAGAAGCAGGUUCGCAAGGGUGACCUUCCCAUCUCCUCCGGCACCACCGGCGUUGAGCAGACCGUCAAGGAGACCUGGAUCGAGCGUGAGAACGCCAUGUACAUGGAGGACAAGUUGAUCGCCGAGACCGACGAGAAGAAGAACGAGCUCGAGUCGACCAUUUACGAGCUCCGUGACAAGAUCGACGGCAUCUAUGCCGAAUUUGCCAACGAGGAGGAGAAGGACAAGCUGCGUGCCAAGCUGACCGACAUGGAGGAUUGGCUCUACGAGGAGGGUGAAGACACUACCAAGUCCGUCUACGUUGCCAAGCUGGAUGAGAUCCGCUUCAUUGCUGGUCCCAUCGUCCAGCGGUACAAGGAGAAGAUCGAGGGCGAGCGCCAGGCUAUCCUGAAGGCCCAGGAGGAAGAGGCCGCCAAGAAGCGCGCCGAAGAGGAGGCCAAGCGCAAGGCGGAGGAAGAGGCCAAGAAGGCGGAGACCAAGCCUGACGAGGAGAUGAAGGAUGCUCCCGCAGAAGGCGAGGCGGCCCCCGCCGAGGGCGAGGACAAGCAGUGA